UUAAUAAUAAAUUUAGCCAGCGAAAAAAGGUUAAUGAAAUCAUCAAUCAUAACAUUUUUGGUAACCGGUCUGACCGUGACUAACAGACGCGACCCGGCCCGGCGACACAGAGAUCAUAAUAUUCUGACCUCUCUCGGGAAACCUCUUUCUCUGCCUUGCCAGUGAAGUGAGCAACCCUAAUUCCCAAUUCCGAAGAAGUCGUAGAAAAGAUGACGAGGGGAUCCAUCUUUGCUAAGCGAUUACCUAAGGAGCAGGCAGGUCUGAUUGUGCGGGGAACCGUUGUUAAAGGGAUAAUAGGCUUCCUUGGAUACGAGCUUGGUACCAUGAUGUUCUCCCAAGCCCCAAAAAUUGGACGAUAUGAACUCUUGUUGCAGCAAGUGAGGGAGGCCACAGAAAAGCAUGAAGGAACUUUAAGGGCUUUGGAUAAGUGUGAGGAAGAGCUAGUGCAAAUGGAGGAGAAAUUUAACAAGUUGCUGAUGAAGAAGUAUGAUUCGAGAGCUUCAAAAAACUAGUCUUUGUAUUUUCAAAAUUUCAGACUUGUGUGUUAUGAUCAUCUUUGGAACCAAACUUAUUUGCCAAAAGACUUGAGAUUUGAAUAAUGACCAUGCCUUGCGCAUGUGUCAAAAAAAAAAUGUUAUGAUUUUGUAUCAUCCAUUUGUGUGUUACAGGGGACAGAGUAUCUCUCUCUCUCUGUCUGAAAGCUACAACAACCUCUAGGAUCUUUCUUUCUUGUAAUUAGUAAGUUUUUGGAAAUGCGGGUUGGGGCAUAUAAAAACCGGACCAAGGAUGUAUUUGAGAUUUCAUGCUCUUAAACCAACCAAGAGAGUAAAAGAGCUCUGCGACGUUAACUCCAAUCUUAAACCAAGCCUACAAAUCCACUUUCUUAAAUAAGUUUUGCCAAAUAAGUAUUAUUACAAACAUGAUCUCGUUGUUGCACAAACAUUAUCCAGAACACAAAAAUUGAGUCAAAACGCAAUAUAUUACGACAAAAGAGAGUGAUAUGAGAAUAUGAUCAAAUCCCUCAAUGGCAUGGAUCGAAAAAAGGGUGUUAGUACUGACUUCAUUGCAAGUUUGUAAUCCAUCUUCUUGAAUUUAUCACCUCAACAGCUUAGAGAACCUUAUCCUGAAAUGUGAACAAGAAAGAAGAAGUGGCCAAAACAUUAAAACCAAGGACGGCAAUAUACUUGGAAGAUACAUAAAAGUUUGGUUCUUACCUGUAUAGAAGGGACCAAAGAAGCCUAAUUCAUUUGACUCACUAACUUCGAACUCAUCCUUGUUUAAUGGUUUCAGAAGCAUACA